AAAAACGUACAACUAAAAAGGUUAANNNUACCUGCAAACGCAAUUCCACCAUAACUUCUCUUACCUACCUUGAUACCUAAUCUGGAACACAAAUCAACCUUGAUUUUUCUAUUUUCCUUUGCUUCUUUAAUAACUUCGCAUAAGGUGAUAGCUUGAUCCAUGCCUCCUAGGGUUCUAUUGGGUUUACAAUCUUUGCACAAUUUUUAUUCCAUUGUUAUUUUUGGCCAUUGCAUGUUGUAAUUGGAAGAGCUCUAGUUAUUUUCUGGGUAAAAUGGCAACGGCUUUUGAUAGAUGGGAGAAGGACCCGUUUUUCUCUGUUGCAGAGGAAGUUCAGGAAUCUGCCGACAGGAUGGAAUCAACUUAUAGAACAUGGCUUGCUGCAUUGAAGAAUACCAAUGGUGUUUGGAAUGUCGAUGAGCUAGGAAGGGAUCUCCGAACGGUCCUUGGCACAACAAAGUAUAAUAGGCUUGCCGGGAUAACAUUAAUGAUAUCCGAUGUCAUGUCUUUGGACAACAAAAUUGCUGAACAUUUGGAAGAAUUUGAGCGUGCAACGAGAUCGAGUUACAUCAGUAGUAACUCGGCUGAUCAAGAUGCAAGAGAUAGACAUCAGGAAUUCAUAGUUGCUAUCAAGAAUCAGAUAACAAAAGUUGAAAGGUCUUUAACCAAAUCCACAGUUUCACAUGGCAAGCCACCUCUGCCCUGGGUGAAAUUAGAUGAAGGUGAAAGAAAUGAACUUGCCUUGUUUCUUUCGGAACCAUCUUUGAAUAUGACCUCAAGCAAAGGUCACAGUGUCAAACAGGGAGUGGAAAGCUUGCAAGAGGCCUAUGGACUAACAACGAAUAGGACUUCUUCAAGGAGUUCAGCUCAUUUGGUUGAGUUGGACCAAGUGAGCGGUAAGAAAGAGAAGUUUCCAGGUCAUCGUAGGACGGCUAGUGCCAGUGCUGACAUUGGAUCUUGGAAAAUUAUGGUGCCUGAUGAUGUAUUGACACAUAGUCAAUCCAAAAUAAAUCCCGAUCCACCCCCACGAAAGAUACCUAGUAUUUCAAGCUUCUUGAAUACCAUGGAAUCUUCUGUAUCUCAAUUAAAAUGGUCAAGGAAUGGUUACAAGAAAUUAACGGUUACAGAUCAGCCUCAAGAAUUGGAUGCCACACUGCCGAAGCAUCAGAGUUUGACCCGAGGAACAAACUUAUGCUAUGAGAAGAGUAAGAGUUGCAUUGCAGUUUGCGAUGAUUGUUAUGACAAGCAGUGGUAUGGUUGGUACGGUAGCAUCCGGAGACAACUUCAGAGGUCUCAAUAUCAUAUCCAGUACAGUCGGCCUGUUCAAGUCAUUUUCUCCGUUAUAUUCCUUCUAUGCUUACUUGGUGAGCUUGCUAAAUUUACUCUCUUCUUUACUAUGACUAUCUUGGUUUACUUUUUGGCAAUGAUUUUGGUGAGGAACACUUGCAUAUGUUAACAGUUCCAGUAGUUGGACGAUCAAAUCUUCUCCCUGAGCCUUGUGUGUGUGCUUUCUUUUAUCAUAAGAUGUUUAUGUUACACUUCUAAAACAACAGCAGUAUCAAAUGUUUGAAACAUGAUUAUCGAUAUUUAUUAUUUAACUUGAUGGUGUCUUAUUUGGGAGUUCAAUGAUAUUUGGCGUUUUCCCGUAUAAGUAGUACAAAUGGCUUUACUAAGUAUAAUAGAUGAUAGUUGAUGUUAAAAUAUUAUAUGACGUAUGCAUAUUUUUUUUUCUUUGCUUGUUUCAUACAAAUGAUUUACUUUAUACUAUGUAUUGGGAGUUGGAUUGCUUGUGGCCUUAAUAUGUAGGGAAAUUCCAUUACAAGGCCUAACUUUUUGUAUUUGUAUCAAUUUAAGGCCUGAUUUUUAUUCCUUCUAAAUAGAAGGUUUACAUUUUAGAUUAUUCUCAAUUUAAGACCUACGUUUUAGUUAACUUUUCAUUGUAAGGUCCAACUAACUUACUUUUUGGCAUAAAUAUGUGAACCAACUAUUAUGUGAACAAAAAUAUUAUUAAUAUUUUUU